AUGCUCAAUGAAAAAUGUCCUCCUCUUCCAUCUUUGACCCCCAUCUCUCUGACGGGUUCGCCGCCCCCAGAACCGCCCAGGGUCACUCAAAUUGCGCGCAGUCACGUCAUCAAAAAACAUUCCAACGAAGAUUUGUGCGUCAUCUGCGGCGACAAGGCGUCUGGUUACCACUACAAUACACUCAGCUGUGAGGGAUGUAAAGGUUUCUUCAGGAGGACAAUCACCCGCAAACUGCACUACCAAUGCAAGUACGGUGGCGACUGCGAGAUGGACAUGUGGAUGAGAAGGAAGUGUCCGGCCUGCCGUCUCAAGAGGUGCAAGCAAGUCGGAAUGCGAGAGGAGUGCCUGCUAACAGAACACCAGUGUAUCAUACGUAACUCAAAGAGGAAGAUGAAGAUGAAGAAGAAAGAAUUAUCAACUAGUUCUGACUCGUCAUCGACGCCCUCAACAGCAGCGGCUGCAGCGAACACACCAGCUUUAGCAGCGCUGGCGAUCAGCGGCAGCAAAGACGUCCUAUCGUUGUUGAGUGAGGAUUACAAGGAGCUCAUUGAGAGGAUUGUUCACCUGCAAGACAAGUACGAACUGCCCAGUAGUGACGACCUCAAAUUACACGAAAAAAUGCAACAAUCGAAAACGGAAGAGGAAUUGAGCGACGCCAUCUUUGUUUACAUGGUCGAGAUGGCCAUCUUGGUGACGAGGCUGAUUGUCGAAUUCGCCAAGAACCUGCCUGGCUUCCGAGGCCUGCUUAAGGAAGACCAAAUCAUACUACUCAAGGCUUCUUCUUCAGAAGUGAUGAUGUUGAGGACAGCCAGAAGGUACGAUCCUGAGACGAACUCCAUCGUGUUCGCCCACGGAACCCUCUUCACUCCUGACAGCAUGAUUCUGGGCGGCCUCAAGGAAAUCAUCGGCAAGAUGUUCGAGUUUUCCAAGUCCAUGAAUCAACUCCUCGUCGACAAUACAGAGUACGCCCUGCUCAUCGCCAUUUCCAUAUUUGCAGAGCGACCAGGCCUAACGCAGCCUGAACUCGUCUUGAAACUACAGGAAGUCUACCUGGAUGUACUGGUCAGCUACGUGGAGAAGAGGAGGACCUCGCAGAAAAACUACCUCGCCAGACUACUCAUGAAGCUGGUCAACUUGAGGUCAUUGGGUCACGAUCACAGUUUGACCUUGUACAAUUUGACCUUGAAGAAGGGCAAUCUGCCACCCCUCUUGACUGAGUACUUUGAUAUAUAUGAUGAAAAAUAAAUAAAUUAAUAAUUUAAUUAUUUAUUAAUUUAUUAAUUUAUAUGAUAUACUGGUUUGAUGGAAUUUGAUGGGUUGGUUGAAUUGAGUUUAUCGAUUGAAUAAAUUAUUAUUAAAUUUAUUUAAAAGCAUUCGUGAACUGAUUUGCAUCAAUCCACUUCACUUCUCUUAACUUGCACUUCAUGCGUCUUUUUAGUUUUGUAUAUAGAUACGAUGAUGACAAUAAUGCAUAUGUACAAAUGAUAUAUAUAAUAAAUAUAUUAUUAAUAUGUAUAUAAAAUAUAUAUGUAUGUAUAUAUUAAUAUUAGUUUUUUCAGUUUUGUUUUUGUUUUUAAAUUGUUCUUAUUAAAGCAUGCUCCCCA